GGACAUGACGGCAGUAAACGGGGCGAGCACCGGGGGACUUCGGCUCCGCUCUGAGAACCAGCACCGGACUGUAUGGUGAAGAACCGCUCAGUAACAUUACCUUUUUCUGAGGACCGGCUGUAUGAUUAAGCUACAAUCUUCAAUGAGUAAGCAUAUCCCACAGUUCUGUGGUGUUCUGGGUCACACAUUUAUGGAGUUUCUGAAGGGCAGUGGGGACUACUGCCAGGCUCAGCACGCUGCCUAUGCAGACGAGUGAACAGCCAAACUCGCCAUCGAUCUGAAGCACUUGAGCCACAGGAGGAACCCCAUAACGUUGGCAGGACCGGGACGCCUCCCAGAACCAGCGACAACUCGGCCUGGAUGGGGUAACUCCACCCGCUGCACACUGCCCUUGUCGGCUUCCGCCUGGCCAGAAUCAAGGUGGAACCAGCCUUGUUUUUAUUUUCUCCCUUUUCUUUUGUUUUAUUCCAAAAGAAAGGGGGUUUGAUUUACUUUUCCUCUUCAAGUCCCCAGUUUUCCUCACUUGCCUGUUGCAGUCCUCCUCUUUUUUCUUAAGUUCCUUGUUAAAGCCUUGCCAACUUUGAAGAAGUUCUCCGAAGUUUUUCUUUUUUUUUUUUGGAUCCUGUGUUGCUGAAAUCUCGUUGGAAGUUUUUUUUUGUGUGUGUUUGACAUUCCCUCCGAGUUUAACUGUUUACAUUGGUGUUUUCACUCUGUGGAAGACUUUUGGGUUAUACGACAAGAUUUGUUUUUUUUUACUGUUGUCACGAUGGCUCGAAUGAACCGACCUGCCCCUGUGGAGAUCACCUACAAAAACAUGAGGUUCCUCAUUACCCACAAUCCCACCAAUGCCACCCUGAACAAGUUCAUUGAGGAGCUGAAGAAGUAUGGAGUUACCACCGUCGUAAGAGUUUGCGAGGCCACCUAUGAUGCUACCCUGGUGGUGAAAGAGGGAAUCCAAGUUCUGGAUUGGCCGUUCGAUGAUGGAGCUCCUCCCUCCAACCAGAUCGUGGAUGAUUGGCUGAACCUGCUGAAGCUGAAGUUCAGGGAGGAGCCCGGCUGCUGCAUUGCUGUCCACUGUGUGGCAGGACUGGGGAGAGCUCCUGUUCUGGUCGCACUGGCCUUGAUCGAAUGUGGAAUGAAAUAUGAAGAUGCUGUUCAGUUCAUUCGACAGAAGCGUCGGGGAGCGUUCAACAGCAAACAGCUGUUCUACCUGGAGAAAUAUCGUCCAAAGAUGCGUCUGCGUUUCAAAGAUUCCAACGGCCAUCGCAAUAACUGCUGCAUCCAGUAGAGCCAAACGCUGAGCCACCACGCCAACACCACACACACUACAGAAGAGCUCAAAUUUAACCUUGCUAGCUUAUCACACCAGGCAGGCUUGUUUUCUUAGUUAUUGUGUUGAAGUACUUUUAUUUGGUAAACCGAUUGUCCAAUAAUCCAAGUGUCAAAAUUUGAAAAAAAAGGAAAACAAGUUGCGUGAACCAAGUUCACAAUGUUUUCUUUGUUUGUGCCCAUUAAAAAAACCCAACAAAUUCAUAAGGUCAGUGCUGAGUUGUGUUAUAUCGUACGAUGUUGGAUUGUUAUCUCUACAAAUCCCAAAGACCCCGACUGACCAGUGCUUUUACGUCACCUGACAAUAACUUUAGCUUUUUCUCCCACACUCAUUUAUUUUUACAGUUCCAUUUUAAAGACUAGAAAGCGGUGUAUGCCUUCCUUGAAAAUCAGAGGGUCAUCCAUAAAUGCCUUACAAUCAAUGUGGAACAAAGGCAAUCGAGGCAAAAAAGCGCCUCCUGCUGGCAUAUAGGAUAAGAUUUCUUUUUUCUACUCUGAACAAAAAUAAAAAGAAAUAGUUGCCUUUGUCUCGUGCAGGAAGUCUGACACACACUUAUGCCCUUUCAGCAACUAUUUUUAAUAUAAAAAUGCUUCAUUGUUGCAAUCUUUGUCAACUAAAAGUCUCGGAACUCGUACUUGUUUAUUUCCUCUAUCAAACCUUCCGUUUACUAAUUAACUGCCAUGUUCAAAAUGUGAUUUUCUUGUUUGUUUUUUUUCCCGCUUCAAACUGGACUUCCAAUGUCUGCGAUAUUUUGUAUGCCUUUUUAUUUGAUGUCUGUAACUUAAGACUUGGAUACUUGAUGAUUUUAUGUAUUUGAAUAAGGUGUACUAUUAUUGUUAGGUUGGCUAUUUAUACUAUCACUGGAUGUGUGGUUUAGUAACGUGAGCGACAAAGUUGUACCUGUUCACCAACUUGUGAGAGUACAUUAAAUGAUACACUGAGAAACAUCAUA